GAAAUAUCUGCGCAUCGGAAGCUCGUCACAGCGGCAGUAUCAAGCGUCCCAUUCCUAGGAUUGGACAACAUAAUUUAUUUCGUGUUCACUGCAUAGUAGUUUAUUAUAGGUCUAAGAAGUAGAAUGCGGUCUCUUAGAAACUUUUAACUUAAAAUCUCACGGGUACAAAAUUGGUCCGUCUACAUAAUAUGACCGUGUAAUCAUUGUUCACGAGUCAAUGGUGGUUCCUUCGCCAUAUUGUUUACAAAAUGGCUGACAUUAAAACUUGUACAUUGGACUACUUUCCUGAAAAUAUUUUAAUUGACAUUUUAUCCUAUUUAAACAUUAAAGAGCUGGUGCGCGCUGGCAGGGUGUGUAAAAGAUGGAGACGUUUAGUGAAAGACCAAAGAUUGUGGCGUGCGGUUGAUCUCACCACCUGGAAAGGGAUCACGUUGCACUUCCUGUGGAUUCUGCUGCGGCAAUACCUGGGCUGUGGCCUGCGCUGCUUGCGUCUGCGAGGCCUGCUGCUCUCUGCGAGGGCAGGGAAGUUAUUAUCGGAGUCCUGGCUACAGGCUCUGGCCUCUAAGUGUCCUCGUCUGCGCCGACUGUCCUUGUCAAAUGCGGACCUCAGGGGCUUGCGGAGCUGCUCCCUCCUGCCCCGGACGCUACAGGUGCUUAAGCUGCAUGCAUGUGAGCUGCCCCCUGGGUUUUUCUCCCAGUCUCCCCCAGACAGCGGGGAAGAGGGAGAAACCGCAGCGUCGGCCAGCCUCAACUCAGCCGAGGGAGGUAAGAGCAAGCCGAGCAAAGGGCAAGCCUCUGCUGCGUCAGGCAUCACCAUUGAUACUCUGGUCCUGGACAACGUGCCAUCUUUCACAGACCAGCAUCUGCAGAGCCUGAGCUCCUGGGAGAAACUGACUAUACUUGAGCUGCGUGAUGUCAUCCGCAUUACCGCAGCAGGCGUGCGGAACUGUGCGCCCAAGGAGUUUGUCGUCAAGAGCCCCGUUGGCGGCCUCUCCAGACUACGACACCUGGAGAUGGGCAACUUCGGCCGGCCCGGCUCCCAGAUGCAGAUGGCGUCCCUGGGCCUCGGGGUGGGCUGGCCUGGACUGGAGGAGGUCAGCCUCGGGGGCCGCGAGGUGGGGCCGGGGCUCCUUUGCCUGCGACGCCUGCGCGACCUGCACAGGCUGCGGCUGCGCAAUUGCCCGCUCAGCGAGAUGCAGGUGCUGCGCGGCUGCCGCAUCCUGCGCGGCCUAAGACAGCUGGAGUUCGAUGAGGUGGACUUCCAGGUGCACCGCCGACAGCCGGACAGGGAGGCUGGGGAGUUGGUUGGGGUUGAGGUGGAGGAGGAGGAGAGGGGGCCAGAGAGGGAGGCAGAUGUUGAAGGUCGUGGAGGUGCAGGUGCAGGUGGAGGUGGAGUUGAAGGUGGGGAAGAGGGUGAAGGACAAGAACCUGUCGCGGAACCAGGAGCACCGUUUGACGAGACGGACCCGGUACCUUCUAUACGCCGCGCCCUGGCCAAGCUUUUGCCCCAGUGCACGCUUGUGUUCACAGGCUGCAAAGUGACAAUGCGAGACGACUAGUAUGUGGCUGGAGUAGAAGUUUUACGUUUAUGUGUCGUGACUAUCAAAGUGCACACGCCUCUGUAUGAAGGACAGGAUGCUCAGUCUUUCUGAUGUCAUGCUGAGAAUUAAAGCAUUUCUGAGAAGUUAACUGUGAAAUUUCACAGGGUUGACCAUU